AUGGCAUCUACCAGCAACCAACCACAAUCAUUUGUAGCCAUUACAGGCUCAUCUACAUCUUCAUGUGGAUACUGUCAUGCUUCAUCAGAUUCUUCCCAUUCGUUUGGUCUUUGGGCAUAUAGAUUGACUCCAUCAGUGUAUCAAAACCUGAUUGAUCAUGGAUGGCGACGGUCAGGGAAAUACCUCUAUAAGCCAACAUUAACGACUACGUGUUGUCCUGCUUAUACCAUUCGUUUGAAUGCUGGUUCUAGUAGUGUGAGUAAAGGGCAGAAGAAAGUACUGAAAAAGAUGAAGAGGUACUUGAACAGUGGUAAAGGGAUUGUUGCUAAAGAUGAGGAGAAUGAGAUGAGCAAAGUUGGACCAAGAGAACAGUUUAUGAUUCCUGCCAGUGAUAUUCCUACUGCCAUCGACACUGCUGCAUGGAUUCAUGCUGAUACUGCUAGAUCUGAUGUGUCCAACCCAAAAAACAAGACUCGCUUUGAGCAAGAAUCUGCUCAACAUCUCGGCAGCACUAUUUCUGUUCUCAUUCAUGAAACGGAAUCCAUUGCCAACCAACAUUCCCAUCAACUCAAGGUAGUGCUGGAAGUGGCUUCAUUUACACAGGCAACGUUUGAAUUGUAUAAAAAAUAUCAGAUUGCAGUUCACAACGAUCCGCCAUCAAGAUUGAAUCCGGAACAGUUUACCCAGUUUUUGGUCGAUACGCCCAUCUGUACAGAAUUAAUUCCUGAAACAGAUUUUAAAUCUACUACAUCUCAAUUAGCUUGUUGGAACGAUCCAACUCAUUCCAUUCAACCUCAACCCUCGUAUGGUUCAUUUCAUCAGAAAUAUUACAUGGAUGACAAACUCAUUGCCGUUGCAGUCUUGGAUAUUCUUCCUCGGUGUGUAUCUUCAGUGUAUUUCAUGUACGAUCCUGCAUUUGGAUUCUUAUCUCUGGGCACUUAUUCCGCUUUGAGAGAAAUUGCUCUUACAAAAUGGCUAUCUGAUACCAUGCCUCGUGGGCUAGAUUACUACUAUAUGGGAUAUUAUAUACAUUCGUGUAUUAAGAUGCGGUACAAAGCUGCAUAUAAACCAUCCCAAAUUCUAUGUCCAGAAACCUACAAAUGGGUUGAUUUGAGUCAAGCUACUAGAUUGCUGGAUUUGAGAAAAGAUACAGCACUUGUGGAUUGCAAAAACAAGACUGAAGGCGAUACAGAAGAUGCUGCAAUACAACCUCGACCUAUUCGUGAUGUUUUACACGUGGAUAUUCCCACAAAUGUAAUUGAGAAAUCCGUUGCACUUGUUGGACGCAAACUUGUCCCAUUAAAUAUGCUUGGUCCCAAGCAUAAACUAGUGAUUCAAGUUAAAGAGUUUUCCACUCGUGUAAACCCAUCUACGCUUUUAGAUCAACUGGUGUUUGUCGCCACUUGA